UUGAUUUGACAUAUUUCAAAUGUUAAAAAAUGAAAAAGAGAACACAAUUUAAUUUAUCUUCUAAAAAGGUCUCGAAAGAAAACACACAAAAAGCUUUGCUUUCAUCUUCUCUCUUCUCCUUGAUGGAUUCAAGUCCCGGAGGAAAUCAAAAAGACGGUAACUUUAUUGAAACCCAUUUUCUAAAACCUUAUGUAACCUCCUCCAUUGAUGGUGCUGUAGCUGAGCUUCCUCGUCACCGUCUCUGUGUUUCUUCAUCAGACCUAAAGGAGUCAUUUUCUAGGAUUUCGUUCAAUGGGUUUUGGUCUGCAGAUCGUGAUUUCAAAUCAUGGGCUAAAAAAAUGGAAGCUUUGCACGAACCCACUUGGAGAAAAGCUGGGAUUUUUGAGGCAAUCAAGGCAUCGGCAUACGAAAUCCCUAAAAACCAGUCUUUGAUUUUAUCUCUUGUUGAGAAAUGGUGUCCUGAAACCAAAUCAUUCGUAUUCCCUUGGGGUGAAGCAACGAUAACCCUCGAGGAUGUACUUGUUCUUUUAGGGUUUUCUGUUUUGGGUUCUCCUGUUUUUGCCACUUUAGGAGGAAGCUCAGAGAUGGGAGAGUCCGUAGAGAAACUGGAGAAAGCUAGGUAUGAGAAUAGAGGCCAGGAUGGGUUAGUGAGACGAAGAUUAUGGAUUUCGAACUUCUUGGGUAGAGGUGAUCAAAUGGAGCAUGAAGCUUUCCUUGUAAUGUGGCUUUCGCAAUUCGUUUUCCCGGAUAUGUCUCGUCGUUCUAUUUCGAAAAAUGUUGUCCCUAUCGCUGUUCGUUUAGCUAGAGGUGAUAGGAUUGCUCUUGCUCCUGCUGUUCUAGCGAGACUAUACAGUGAUUUGGGUCAAAUUCAAGUUUUUGCUAGUAAAAAGUCCACUAGAAAUGUUACUCUGAAGUCACUGUUUAAGUUAGUUCAAGUAUGGGCAUGGGAGAGAUUCAAGGAUGCUAGACCAAAAGCUAGAGAGAUACCAAAAGGUGAACCUAGAAUAGCUCGGUGGUACUAUCCGUUUCAAACAUCUGAGAAUGUGAGAUUGAACCUUGAUGAUUUCGAGUGGCGUCCUUACACUAAACCUUUAAAGAAUUGGAUCCCUCCUCGGUUUUACCCUGAAGAAGCUACGUGGAUGACUGUUGAUGACAAUCUUGAUGAUGAGUUUGUUUCGUUUGCUCGAUGUAUGAGAGUUUCUCAUCUUGUUGGGAUUGGUAUUGUGGAGGGUUACUAUCCGAAUCGAGUGGCAAUGCAGUUCGGGAUGACUCAAGAUCUUCCUGGCUUAGUUACUGAUCGAAGAAGUUUCACAGAAAAGGAGGCAUGGGAUGAUUACAAUAAGUCUCUUGAUGGUGUAAAGCUGUACAUGCCUUCUUGUCUUGCUACGCCUUCUGUUACUGAAAGAUAUCAAGAUUGGUGGUUGAAAUUUAUUUCACAGUUUCUGAGUCCUUCAGAAUCAACUGAAACUUUUAAUGCAAGUAAUAGAAUUGAUGUUGAUGAUGAUGAUGAUGUGCAGCCUUUGGGUCAAGUGCUUCAGAAGUGGGGAGAGAGCUUUCUUAGGAAAGUCAAAAGGUUUAAGUCGCGCAAGUUAGCGAAAAAUCUGAGAAUGGAGAUAGAGAAAGAUAAGAUUGGUGGUAGUGGUGCAUCAGCUUCAACGGAAUUACCACUUAGUCAGUUGUUUAAGGAGGAGUUGAUGAAGAGAACAAGUGAGCAUUUAAGAAACAAGGGAAGCAAGCGAGCUCGUGAGGAUGAUGGGAGUUCUAUGGAUCACAAAGAAGAUGAAAAAGAUGAUGACAUUACCAUUGCUCAGAUUAUCAAAUCUAGAAGGAAUGACGAAACUGGAAGUAACGCUAAGAAUAGUAUGGUUCAGAGUUCAUCUAAUGGAAACAACUCUUCAGAUCCUCUUGUUGAUUCUAAUGGAGGUAUAACUAACACUGUUGUGUCACCACCAGAGACGAGGCAAAUAUGUGAUGAUGAGCUUCAUGUAAAUGGAACCAAGGAAGAAGAAUGUCUGGUCCAUGAAGAUGGAAAAAAGCAGAGAUGCAAUGAGAAUUUGUGCAGUGAAGCUGAGAAAGAAGAAGAUAUUGAUGAAAGAUUGAGAAAGAGAAGGCUUUCAAUAAAGGAGAUACAACUGAAGCUGGAGACACGUAUCAUGAAGAUGGAGAAGAGCUUGGCAGUGAUUAGAAAAUGGAAAACAAGAAGAAACCAGACCAACAAUGGAGUUUCUGCUUUAAUUUAACUACUUGUGUCUAAACUAUUCUCUCUGUAACCUCUUCAAGAGCAUCUUAUGGAAACAGACACAUCAAUGUCACUAGUAAAGUAGUAAUUAACCUUGCUAUGGUUUUGUUUUUGUUUGUUUGUUCUUUUGCAUAUUAUGUGUAUGGAGAACUUAUCACUCUAGACCACAAACCUUUAUGUAUGAUGUUUUGUGUAUUGGUUUAGUUUGGUUCGGUGUGGACA